GCCGGGAGGUUAGUUUCUCUCAAGCAUUUGUCGACGCUGUGUAACGUGUGUAUUAACUCUGUGAUAACAUUAUAGACAACUCCCAAUUGACGCUAGUACUCAAAACUCAUGAUGCAGGGUGGUGUAGUGUUGUUGGUGGUGGUGGCGGCACUCACGAGGGUCAGCGGUCAGUGCCUCUCUGACAAUGACGAGCUCAACGUCCCCGCCUCUAAUGACCUGUCUUCGAUCACCGACUUCGGGCUGGAGUUGUUCAAGGAGCUCUUCCCCUACAACUCCACCACCAGGAACUUCUUCUUCUCGCCCUACAGUGUGUGGAAUGCCCUCACCCUCGCCUACUUCGGGUCCGGAGGCGAAACACAAACACAGCUGGAGACUGCCCUCCGCGUCACCGACAAGGUCUCCACACUCAGGAACUGGAGAGCUCUAGAGUUCUUGUACCACAUGAGACAGGCCAACAACAGUGACUACACCUUCAACUUGGCCAACCGCGCUGACCAGAGUGUGUCACUGAGGCCGUGUGUGAAUAUCCUCCAGAAUGAGCUCCAGACACUCAACUUCUCCCAACCAACAGAAGCAGCAGACGCCAUCAACAGCUUCGUGAGCGAGACAACAAAGGGGCGUAUCCCAAUCUUAGUUGAACCCCAGGAUGUAUCACAGGCCAAGAUGGUGCUGGCCAACGCUGCCUUCUUCAAGGGUACCUGGCUCUACCAGUUCAAGCCCAGCCACACCCGCAAGAACCUCUUCUACGCCACGCCCCAGGACUACGUCUUCGUCGACAUGAUGACACAGAAGGGCAACUUCCGCCACGGUGUGUCUGAGGAACUGGGAGCACACAUCCUGGAGCUGCCUUACACUGGUGAAGCCGUAUCUAUGUACAUCCUUCUGCCGCCCUUCAUCAGUGGAGAGAAGCAGUUCAACGCUAUGGUGGAACGUAUUAAUGCCUCCAUCCUCCACGAAGCCUUCAACAACAUGUGGCGGGUGCAGAUCGAGGUGGUCUUCCCCAAGUUCAAGCUGGAGCAGAUGAUCGAGGAUGAGCUCAUAACGGUGACAUCUAUUUCCUGGGCAUUGUCUGGCCUUGGCAUCACCGACCUCUUUGACCAAAACAUUGCCAACCUGACCACUUUCUCCCCUGCUGGCAACCUGAGCAUCGGCAAGUCCAUCCAUAAGGCCUUCUUGGAGGUGUCUGAAGAGGGGACCGAGGCAGCGGCCACAGCUCUCAUUUCCUGGAGAAUUGCUCGGCCUCUUGAACCCGAGAUGAGGUGUAACCAUCCAUUCUUGUUUGUAAUUUACGAUAACUUCACCAAGAAUAUCCUCUUCAUGGGCGCCUACAAGAAUCCCAAGGCCUGAGGGGACUCCGGGGGACUCCUUCCGUUAAUAUAAUAAGAGACAAGCACGGCAGCAGUGACCUUCCCGUCAGUACACUCUUGUUUGGGGGACACAACUCAUCUGAGAGCCAGUCCUGUCAGUCAAAAUGUAUUCAUCUUUUCUUUAAUUUAUGCCACUGAAGCAAAGUUGCAUAUGAAGUUAUCAAACUGAAGUAAGUUUUCAUAUUAGCACUGCCUUAUGAACGUUACUUCAGUCAAAUUUGCUUCAUGAAUGGAUUGUGGUGUUUUAGGAUAACUCGGAAGCUUUCUCUCAGUGACUUGAACUGUACCAGUCAGUGGAUUUCUCUCGGUAAGUGGUCAUGUCACUGUAGUGGAUGCUGUGUCACUGUAGUGUAGCCAGGACCUUCUCUAAGUGGUCUUGUCACUGUAGUGGAUGCUGUGUCACUGUAGUGUAGCCAGGACCUUCUCUGAGUGGUCUGCGUCACUGUAGUGGAUGCUGGGUCACUGUAGUGUAGCCAGGACCUUCUCUAAGUGGUCUUGUCACUGUAGUGGAUGCUGGGUCACUGUAGUGUAGCCAGGACCUUCUCUAAGUGGUAACGUCAAAUCAAUAUAAGUAGGAUCACUGUCCUUCAGCACUGCAGCAUCAUCGCCAUCACCCCGGUAGGUAAUAAGUUCGAUGCUUUCCAGUCACACCACCCCUGGAGGCGGCAGCUUCCAGGUGACUUCCUCUACGAGUCACCAUACUUAUGGACUGACAUUAAUACUUGUAUAUGUUGUAAUAUUAUCCUCAAAGGUAAAGUCACCCAAAUCAAGGUGCUAUACUGUAUGUAAUGACUGAGAUGUAAUACUCAGACACAGCGUCAGUGGCAACUGUUCCUACUAACUGACUUAAAAUAAUGAAUGUGUAAUACAUACGCAGGUGUUGAUGCUGGUAAGGCGGUUCAGCUGGUGUACAGUACAGCACCUACCCCCGCCUGAUGUAAAUACCCAGCAACUUUGUUCAAACUACUGUUUAAUUUAUUUAAUUUACCAAAGGAGCUGAACCAUAACCACUGUUACUAUAGUUUAAGGUCACUCAUUAAAUAUACAUUUAA